AUGUCUUCUAUUACCAUUCAAACUAAUCAACACAGGCAAGAAACUGACACUCCAUCUCUUUCGGUUUCAAUUGAAACCGAUUCAUUUGAUUUACCAAAUAAUGCUCCAAUCACUUCAACUUAUAGAGUAGGCUCUAACUUUGAGAUUUGUGUUAAGAGAAUCACCCAUGACAAUGAACCCUUUCAAUCGUUCGAACUCUAUCUUACAGGUACAGGUACCUGUAAGCUCUUACUCAAAUCGAAUAAGCUAAACUAUCAAAAGGAAUUUAUUUACAAUUUAAGCGAAGUAAACCCUGAAAAGAUCCAUUGGAUUACAGAGAAAGCCGAUAAUGUUAACUUGCUAAAGAUUAGAAUUCCAAAGAGAGACGAGCUUAAUAGAUUAGAAAUCAUUAGAAGAAGACGUCAAAAGAGAGAUGAGAAGAAGAUAAGAAAUGAAUUAGGAAAGCUUAGAAGAUUACCACAAGGUGAAACCCAACCAAUGAAUGCCGAAAAUGCCCUUUAUGAAUGUGUUGAAUUAAACGUUAUGAGAGAGGUUCAAGAUAUCUAA